GCUGGGUACACCCUUCGCCAACACUGUCCCAGCAGAUUCGCCUUUAAUGAGGAGUGAAACGAGAAGGACUGGAAAACAAAACCAGGUGGACUAGUUGACAGUGCAGAGUUCUAUAUGAUUCGUUUAUCAUACGGAUACAUGCUGGCUUAACGACCGGAGGCGUGGUCGCCACCAGGACGCCGCGCCCCUUUUGGUGAAUGUCAGGAAGUGAAUUAAAUAAAAAUUGGAGCGCAAAACCGCGGAGGCUGUGGGACGUAUUCAGACCUCUACCGAUUUCGAGAUAUCACCUGCGGAGUUUAGGGUUCUGAAUGCUGUAUAUACACCGACAACGCUGCAAAGAUGCUCAUUAAAGAAUUCCGAGUCAUCCUCCCAAUAUCUGUAGAAGAAUACCAAGUUGGUCAGCUUUACGCCGUGGCAGAGACCAGUAAGAAUGAGACGGGCGGUGGAGAAGGGGUGGAGGUGCUGAAGAAUGAACCCUAUGAGAAGGACGGAGAGAAGGGCCAGUAUACCCACAAGAUCUAUCACCUGCACAGUAAAGUGCCAAACUAUGUGCGUGUUUUGGCUCCGUCUAGUGCUCUGAACAUCCACGAGAAGGCUUGGAACGCAUACCCCUACUGUCGUACAGUUAUUACUAAUGAAUACAUGAAGGACAAUUUUCUGAUUAAGAUUGAGACGUGGCACAAGCCUGACCUGGGAGAUCAAGACAAUGUUCACGGAUUAGACCCGGCGAUAUGGAAGAAGACUGAUGUUGUCUACAUUGACAUCGCGGACAAAACCCAAGUGGAUGCCAAGGACUACAAGAUAGAAGAAGACCCUGCCAUCUUCAAGUCAGAGAAGACUGGCAGGGGCCCAUUGGGGCCUAAUUGGAUGAAAGAGCUUUCUAGUAACACGAACACCCCCCACAUGUGUGCCUACAAACUGGUCACAGUUAAUUUCAAGUGGUGGGGAGUCCAGAACAAAAUUGAGAACUUCAUCCAGAAGCAAGAGAAGCGACUGUUUACCAAAUUCCACAGACAGUUGUUCUGUUUGAUUGAUAAAUGGAUUGGUUUGACGAUGGAAGACAUUCGACGCAUCGAGGAGGAGACCCAAAAGCAACUGGAUGAGAUGAGAGAGAAGGAUCCAGUCAAAGGGAGUUCUGCGACUGAGGACUGAGGCUGUGACAAUCUGUGACUGAGACCUCUUCCUUGCCCCAGUCCUUUGGAAUGAUACAGCUGUGCACUUGAACUGAGCCUUUCUCCAUCUCCUCCGUGCUUCCAAGGUCCCUUUCUGUACCUCAGAAGUCAGCCCACGUAGGAUCCUCACCAGUCCUGUGGUCCGCAGCCAUCUCUCCACUGUUGGCUAUCAUAUUUCUUAUAUGAUGGCCACCAGUAGUAGUAUAUUUUAUUGCCUUUUGUUUUAUGGACAAAGUUUGGUAUGUUUAAUUUCACCCUGUUUUGUUCUCUUGAGUAUUCUGAAGCACACUUCAGAAUUUCCGUACUCCCUUGUUGGUUACAGUACAUAUUCCUUGCCUGGGGAAACUGCAGUGGACAACCUGCAUCAGGCUGAAGUCCAGGGGUAGUGUUAUGGCUUUGGGCUUCUUGGGGGCUGAUAUGGAAUGGUCUACCUAUUUAUGCUCUCUUUGAAUAGAGAUUUGAGUAAAAAAACAAACACUUCCUCUAUUGUAUUUUUCUGUAUUUAUUCACGGGGUACUUUCAUUUCUGAUAUUAUAUUAUUUAAUUAUAUUGUGCUUUAUUCAAUUGAGCACCAUUUUAUUGGUUUAUACCGCCUACUGGUAUAUGUAUUCAAUAUUAAAACCAAUAUUUAUACA